AGCUUGAGAAGGAGCUCACCCCGGAGAAGCUGGUACAGUGGACCAAUCCUAGUGUGAUGGCAAACAGCAGAGUUAAUGUCUUCCUCCCCAAAUUCAAAGUGGAAAGUGAAUAUGACUUCAAACCCAUUUUAGAAAGCCUUGGAAUGACUCACAUGUUUGAUGAGAAUGCAUCAGAUUUCUCUGAAAUGUCAGAGUCGAAAGGCAUUGUUCUUUCCAAGAUCAUUCACAAAGUCUCUCUGGAAGUAUCUGAAGAAGGAGCCGAGUCUCGAGAUGUUCCUGGAUACCGGAUCCUACAACACAAAGAUGAAUUUAAUGCAGAUCAUCCUUUUCUUUUCUUCUUUAAGCACAACAAAAGUCGCAGUAUUGUAUUUGCUGGUAGAUUCUGUUCCCCUUAAACAGAACUGCCUAUAAAGAAACCUGUUAUCAAUAUUUUCUGGGUAUGAAAUAUUCAAAGGUAAUCUAUGCAGUUUCUCUUGUUAAUUGAAUAACUUCCUGUUCAAAUGAAUUUACAGAGGAAUGGCCAUAUCAGUUAGUGGUAGCCAAACUAAAUAUAGGGACACCUAAAAGACUAAAAUAAUUCAUUAUGGCAUAGCAUAUCUUCUAGUGAACCAUCAGCUAGAUACGUAUUAUACAUCAAAGUUGGGAAGACAGUUUCUUGUUUACAUAUGAAAUAAACAUCAAAACAAAUUCAGCAAAAUGGAUCUUUGAUAGGUAGCAAUAAAACAAUAUGCAAAGUUGUGAUGUCUCCAGAAUACUGCUGUUUUAUGCUCAUUGACAAUAUUGAAUUUCAACUUUAUAGAACUGUCUAGUUAGGGAAGAGUUAAAUCACUAAUUUAUCUCUGGGAUAUCAGAAGUUUUAUAUCUGUAGUGAGCUUCAUUACAUUAAUCAAUUAAUAGGUUUUUUUUUCUUAAAUAUGUUUAACAGUGAAAUAUUUUUUUUUUAAAUUAAUUUUGGGCAGUUAUUAACGUAGAUUACCUUCAUUUGUUCUGAAUAAAGCAUUGCAAAAA